AUGUUGUGGAUUUCAAGGUCCAUACCAGCACUGUUCUUCCUGGUAUAUUCACAAGCGGGAGAGGAAGAUGAUAUUCGAGCUGGCUGCAGUACAGCUGUUAAUGACCUGGUCUACAUCAUUGAUGGCUCUUGGAGCGUUGGAGAUGAGGACUUUGAAACAGCCAAGCGCUGGCUGGUCAAUGUCACCAGUGGCUUCGAUGUGAGCUCACACUACUCGCAAGUGGGUGUAGUACAGUACAGUGAUACCCCCAGGUUGGAGAUCCCUCUUGGUCUCCACAAGACUACUCAAGAUCUCAUUAAAGCCAUUGAAGUUAUCAACUAUCUAGGUGGCAACACGCAGACUGGCCGUGCCAUCAAGUUUGCUGUGGACCAUGUCUUUGCGUCUUCGCAACGUAGUGAGGUAAAGAACCGAAUUGCUGUGGUGGUGACAGAUGGAAAGUCACAGGACGAUGUGGUGGACGCUAGCGUGGAGGCCCGGGCGCAAGGGAUUAAAGUCUUUGCAGUGGGAGUAGGUACAGAGAUCACCACAUCAGAGCUGGUGACCAUCGCCAACAAGCCGGCAGGUGAUUAUCUGCUUUACGCAGAGGACUACACCAACAUCGACCGCAUUCGUGACUCCAUGGAGCAGAAGCUGUGCGAGGAAUCAGUAUGUCCCACACGUAUUCCUGUGGCCUCACGUGAUGAGAAAGGCUUUGAGCUGAUGUUGGGGAUGAAAAUUCAUCAGAAGGCUAAGAAGAUACAAGGCUCAUUAGUGUCAGAGACAGCCUACCUGCUAGACAAGAGCAUUGACAUUACUGAAAACACAAGGGAAAUUUUUCCAGAAGGCCUUCCUCCCUCCUAUGUGUUUGUGUCGACUCUGAGGUUGAAAGGUCCUACAAGAAGGGAAAAGUUUGACUUGUGGAGAGUGCUGUCUAAAGAUGGACUGGUUCAGGCAGCUGUCACACUAAGUGGACAGUACAAGUCUGUCAGCUUCACAACCACCAACAUGGUUAAUAAGGAACAGAUCAUUACUUUUGAUGCAAAAGGCAUUGAGAGUCUCUUUGAUGGAAGUUGGCACCAAUUGAAGGUUCUGGUUAAGCCCAAACAUGUCACCUUUUUCCUGGAUGACCAGCAGAUCCAAGAUGAGGCUCUGGAGACUGUUGUGCCCAUCUACAUCAACGGGAAGACUCAGAUUUCCAAAAGUUUUGGCUCUGACGCUACACUUCCUGCAGAAAUCCAGAAAUUGCGACUUUACUGUGACCCUCAGCAAAAUGAGAGAGAGACAGCAUGUGAAAUCUACUCUGUGGAUGAUGAAAGGUGCCCUCUGGACCGUGAGCCUGCUAAAGACAUUGAGGAGGAGUGCGACUGCAAUGAAGUUGCUCCAGGACCACCUGGUCCACCAGGACCCCCAGGACCAAGGGGUUCUCGUGGUGAAAAAGGAAAUGAAGGACCGCCGGGCCCAGAUGGUAAGCCUGGACCCCAAGGUAUUAGAGGAGAGCCUGGUGACCCAGGCAUACCUGGAGACAAGGGUGAUGCAGGUCUACCAGGGCCGAAAGGGGAUCCAGGACUAAAGGGUUGGAAAGGUGACCAGGGAGAACAAGGGUUGCCAGGGAAACCAGGCCCACCAGGACCCAUGGGUGUAUCACGACCAAACAUCGGUAACGUUGGAUUGCCAGGAAAAAAGGGAGAGCAGGGGGAGAAGGGAGAACAAGGACCUCCUGGACUGCCUGGUCCAAUGGGAGAACCUGGGCUUCCUGGCAGUGAAGGAUCUGCUGGCUCUGCUGGACCAAAGGGAGACAAAGGAGACAUUGGGUUGCCAGGUGCAGAUGGACCACAAGGAGUGCCAGGAAUUCGUGGUCUUCCUGGUGAGGCAGGGCCAGAUGGAUCACAGGGGUUAAGAGGAGCACCUGGCCAGAAAGGACCACCUGGGCCAAAAGGACCUUCAGGCACACCAGGGCCGGUGGGGUCCCCUGGAGCAGACGGACUUGUCGGCCCUAAGGGUGAUCCAGGAGAAAAAGGAGCUCAAGGCGCUCCUGGGACACCAGGUCAAGAUGGUGCACAGGGUGAGCCGGGGUUUCCAGGGGUUCAAGGUGCUAUGGGCCUUCCUGGAUUUAAAGGACACAAGGGGGAGAGAGGAGAAUCUGGUUCCAAAGGCAUUCAGGGUGAGAAAGGCAGCAAGGGGGUGCCUGGAAUACCUGGCCUUACAGGUGAAGUCGGACCCAGGGGUAGCAAAGGAGAGAAAGGUAUUCCGGGCGAGACUGGGGUCAAAGGUCCUGAUGGAAAGAAGGGAGAAAUAGGACAUAUUGGCACAGUCGGACCUCGUGGAUUUCCUGGUCAGGAUGGGUCACCAGGGCAACCUGGCAUUCCAGGCUUUCCUGGGAAACCUGGAAAGCCUCCCUCAGAGGAGUACCUAAUAAAACUCUGUGGAGACAUUCUGAGAAAUCAGCUACCUCAGCUCUUGCAAAUGAUGAGUCCUCCACGCUGUGAAACUUGUGAGACUGUUAAAGGACCGCCGGGACAGCCUGGAGCUCCAGGGCCUAAAGGUUCCAAUGGGCCCCCUGGUUAUCCUGGUACACCUGGCACUCAGGGCUACCCAGGGCCCCUGGGCAUCCAAGGACCCCCAGGAGUCAAAGGGGACAUGGGCCCACGUGGAUUUAAGGGCAAUAAAGGAGAGAGCAGGCCAGGACAUCCAGGGCCUCCUGGAGACACAGGGAUCCAGGGCCCCCACGGCAGUGAUGGCAUUGGUAUUCCGGGUCCUCCAGGAAUACCAGGUAAAUCCGGGACUCCAGGCAUUCCGGGGAAGCAAGGUCUUCCUGGGCCAGCCGGCGUGUGUGACAUGUCCAUCUGCUACCAAGCCUAUAACCUCAGGGAUGAACGCUACAGUAAAGGGCCUGAUUUCUAACAUACACAUACUAGGAUGAACACAUGGGCUCAGCUCUCACACUGCCAGAAGUGCCUCAACCAAUCCAGAGGAUUUACUAACAUGGCUUAGUACAGGACAUUGUCUGUCCAAUGUGUAUCAGUGGUGUUUAGAUCAAUUUAAAUAAUUUAAAGAAGUGCCAACACCAUUAAUGGAACAUAUCAUCUGGGAACAACUAGGGUACAAAGGCAGUAUGUGAAAUAAUACAGCAAGAAAAGUACUGUGGAUGGAUGUGAAUAUUUACUUUUUCACACUAUUACUUUUUAAUACUAAUUAAUUAUAGGAACAAUAUCAGAAGUAGUACAACAAAAUAAUGUGCUUAAUUAUGAAAACCUUGUAAUAAAAUAAAUAUAUUGUUGUCAAAAAGGUACUUUUGCAGCAUGACAAUGCACUGUACAUCUGCAAUAAUAAAAGUGUUUGGUUGUUGAAGAUGUAAAAGAAUAAGUGCAUUCAGGGACAGGAAUUUAGAAAUACUGGGUAUAGGCUUUAUACGUUUUUGUUUGUGUUGGGCACGAAAUUGCCCUUAAAUUUGAUUUUUCUGAUUGGCCAUUUUUUGAAGAAAAGAUUCAACAGCCAUCUUCAUUUCUGAUUGAAUUUAAUUAUUAACUGUACUUUAAAUAUCUGGCAGUGUCGAUUAAAUAAUACAUAUAUUUUUUAAGUAUUGACAUAUUUUAUUAUUAUUAUUUGCAAUGCCUGAAGGGGAAAAAAAUCCAUGCUUUCCUCACUGAGUUUUAUUCCAAGACAUAAAAUAAAUUUGAACCAUUAAACCAAAACUACAGUAUUUAUUCCAUUUUGUGUAUUCAGUGACUCGUGAAUUUAUUCUUAUCUCUUGGCAGUGUAAAAAAAUCAAGCUGUGAGUGAUAAAAAAAUAAAAAAAAGGUUGAUAGAUAUAAUUAUUCUAAAUAGCCUUUAAGUGUUGUGAAUGCAUACAAUCUUCUAACUUGUUAAAUAAAGAUUUUUUUUUUUUUUUCAAUAAAAACUUUCAUCCUUUAAAUGGUUAUAAUAUCAUAUUUUUAUCUCAACUUCUCUUAUGUUAUCUUUUGUUAGACCAUUCUUAAGUAUUGAUCUACAUCUUUGCUUUGGUGUUUUAUUCAUAUAUUGUAUUUCCAUACAUUUUAACACAUUAGUUUUAAACACUCUAUUGUUUUAAAGGCCUGUGCUGUCAGAAGCUAAGAACAAAAGCAGAAAUCUCAAAUGACAGUAAAACACAAUAAAAAUAAACAAAUAAAUAAAUAAAUAAACAUUCCACAUUUAUAUUCUUGUUGCUGUUACUGAAAGCUGCAUUGAUUCUGACUAUAGUUUUGUAAAUCAGGUAAAUUAUGCAGAUUAUGACUAAUUUAUCUCUGAGUUGCCUAAGAGCUCUAUUAUUUGCUGUAAG